AUGGCAAGACCGUCUAGAGGUCGAGCAAGAAAAGCUCGAUCCGAUUCCUCGGUUUGGAUUGUUGAUUCCUGUUUACAAGAGAUCGAUUCAUCGGAACAGGUUUUUUAUUAUCGUGGUGGUAAUGAUGGCGGUAAUAGUGGGGGUUUAGCAGUAGUAGUAGGAACUACGAGUUUAACAAUGGUUCGGGUAAUGAUGGGGGCUUAG